UCUGCACUACUGCUUCUUCUUCCACGCCCCCAAAGUCACAACCACCUUCCCUGCGGACUAGAACACUUCCACGUCCCCUUACUCUUUUCACUCUUAUUUUCCUCCUCUAUAUAUAUAUAGAGAGAGAGAGGCAGAGAGAGAGAAAAGCUAAAACCCAGAAAAACUCAAGCAGAAAGGACAGAGAUAGUAAAGGAUGCAAGUUUUGAAAUCUCAAAGCGUAAAACCCAGACCCAUUUCCGAGUUAUUAAUGAAGGUGGGUUCGGUUCGGUGCUACGUCAGCAGUUGUAGGGCGGUGUUGCUGCCUCGGUUCGGUGGACCUGAGGUGAUGGAGCUACGACCCGAUGUGCGUUCUGAUCUUAAGUCCAAUGAGGUCUUCGUUCGAGCCCGAGCUGUAUCUAUCAAUCCCUCGAUACCAGAGUUAAUGCGAUCAGGCUAUGGUCGUUCCAUAUUUGAACCGCUUCUGCCUCUCAUUUUGGGCCGUGACAUUAGUGGUGAAGUUGCAGCUAUUGGAGCUUCAGUGAGGUCACUGACCAUAGGGCAGGAAGUUUUUGGUGCUCUGCAUCCAACUGCUGUGAGGGGCACAUAUGCUGAAUAUGCAAUUCUUUCAGAAGAGGAGCUUUCUCCAAAACCAGCAUCAGUUUCUCAUGUGGAAGCAAGUGCCAUUCCUUUUGCUGCAUUGACUGCAUGGCGUGCCUUAAAAAGUACUGCUAGGAUAACUGAAGGGCAAAGGCUGUUAGUAGUAGGUGGUGGAGGAGCAGUGGGUUUUGCUGCAAUUCAGCUGGCGGUAGCUGCAGGGUGCCAUGUUACAACUACCUGUGGAAAUCAAAGUAUAAAUCGAGUAAUGGCAGCUGGCGCUGAGCAGGCUGUUGACUACACUGCUGAGGACAUUGAAGUGGUAAUUAAGGGAAAAUUUGAUGCUGUUCUGGACACCAUUGGUGUACCAGAGACAGAAAGAAUAAGCAUCAAUCUUUUGAAUAGAGGCGGACACUAUAUGACACUUCAGGGAGAGGCAGCGGCUCUGAGUGACAGGUAUGGACUACCAAUUGGGCUUCCCAUGGCUACAGCUGUUUUAGUGAAGAAAAGGAUUCAAUACCAAUAUUCUCAUGGAGUAGAAUAUUCAUGGAUAUACAUGAGGGCUGACUUAGAAGGUUUACAUGAGAUACGAAGAUUAUCAGAAGCUGGGAAGCUGAAUAUACCUGUAGAAAAAACAUUUUCAAUAACUCAAGUAAGAGAGGCUCAUGAAGCUAAAGACAAGAAGAAAAUCCUUGGUAAAGUAGUGCUGGAACUUGACUGAAGUAAGUUCUACAAACUUCCUUGCAAUUUUUUGUAAAUUGUUCUUUCAACAUAAAUUUGGAAGGUAGGAAAUGGUUUUCUUGGCUUAUCCCCUCUAUACUAGGAUGUUGUACAUAAUGUGGGAAUUUUACGGGUGUGGGCCUUCAUCAUCCUGUUGGAAUCUGUAAAUCCUUGAGCAUAAUUUUUUUUCCCCUUCAUUUUACUGAAAUUUUAUAGUUGUUGAGCAUUUUGAAUCAGAAUAUGAAAUUCAUUUGAAAUUGGUACUU